UUUAGCUCCUGAAACCGAGACGUAGCCUAGCACCGUAUCUUUGCUGCCACACACAAAUUUGGAUAUUUCCAAUUAUUUUAAAUGGGAGACAAACGCCAGCGAGCCAGGGUGCAGGGCACAUGGGCCAAACCUCUGCCUAAACUCGCAGGCCGCACAACAGGCACAAAUCAAGCACCUGGAACAUGGAGUUCUGGUCCACAGACAUAUGAGUUUCAACAACCAGCCACAGCAGUUAGAGAGAUCCCUGCGGAAAAAGUGAUUGAUCAGCCUGGAGACUAUGAGAUAAGCCAUGGUCCAACAGGUGUGUCCAGGCUGAGAUUCAUCCCAGGGUUUCUGCAGCAGGAGGAUGCAGACUGGAUGUUCAGUACCCUCCUCACUGAGCUCCCAUGGUCGCAGAAAACAAAUUACGGCCAGAUGGGAGAGGCAUACAAGGAGCCCAGACUUACCUGCUGGUACGGAGAGCUCCCUUACACCUACUCUCACUCUACCCUGCAGCCCAUCCCAGAGUGGCACCCAAUCUUGACAAGGCUACGUGUGGCCAUAGAGCAAUACACCGGCCACUCUUUUAAUUCGCUUCUCUGUAACUUGUACCGUGACGGUAAAGACAGCAUUGCCUGGCACAGUGACAACGAAGCCUCACUGGGCCCCCAGCCCACCAUUGCCUCCCUCAGCCUGGGAGACACCAGAGUGUUCAGCCUUCGCAAGCAGCCUGGCCCAGAGGAGAAUGGAGACUACACGUGCGUGGCAAGGCUGCGCAUCCCUUUAACCCAUGGGACCCUGUUGAUGAUGGAGGGAUGCACACAGGAUGACUGGCAGCAUCAGGUGGCCAAAGAGUACCACGACCGUGGGCCUCGCAUAAACCUAACUUUCCGCACCAUCUUCCCGGAGCAGUAGCAGGAAGACACCUGUGGGUGGGGUCUUAAAGACAUGAAGAAGCCUGUGAUUGGCAGAGAGGAUGCAGGAGACUCAGCAACCACAGCGCAAAACAAUACACUCCAGAUCUGAAGAUGUAUUUUCCUAGUGCAAACCUAAGAAAAAACUGCGUUCCUUUAACUGCCCAUUCAGAAACCAAACCAUCACAAUGGUUUCCCUGCAUUUAUACCUUCUGAACUGUAAAAGAGCCUUUAAAAAAACAGAGAGAGAAAGAGGAACUGCAAAAAAAAGAGAGGGAGAGAUAGAGAGGCUUGAAUACUUUCAGGCCAUCAUCAUGUUCCUCUGUCGUGAGUCCUGAUUGACAAGUUAAACUGUAGAUAGAAAUAAUGU